AUGGCGGAAGCAAAGGCCUGCACCGUGCGGACGCGCAAGUUUAUGACCAACCGUCUGCUGCAGCGGAAGCAGUUUAUCAUCGACGUGCUGCACCCCGGCAAGGCUAACGUGUCCAAGUCGGAGCUGAAGGAGAAGCUGGGCGCCAUCUACGAGAAGAGCGACCUGUCGUGCAUCUUCGUCUUCGGCUUCCGCACGCAGUUCGGUGGCGGCAAGUCCACGGGCUUCGGGCUCAUCUACGACAAUCUCGAGGCCGCCAAGAAGUUCGAGCCCAAAUACCGCCUCGUCAGGAACGGUUUGGAGGAGAAGAGGAACAAGGAGAGCCGCAAGCUGAUGAAGGAGAGGAGGACAAGAGCCAAGAAGAUCCGUGGUGUCAAGAAGACCAAGGCUGCCGCUGCUGAGAAAAAGAAGUAA